UCGGCUCCUCAGGGUGAUGUUGCUGCUGCUGCCGCCACCGCCGCCCUCCGCGGCUGCUGCCUCAUCGCCGCCGCCGCUCGCUGCCGCGGUGACUCAGCCGCACCACUUCCGGGUCCGGCGCCGACGCCCCGCCCCCGUUUUUUUUGCUUAUUUGAAGGAGGCGUGGCCUCGGGGCGAGCGCAUCCGGGCUCCGGCCCCGCCCUCCGGGACGCACCAUUCCGUCUCUCGAGGAGGGGGAGAGGUUGGAAACAGUCCUGCGGCCGCUUCCGCCGCGUUGCCAUGGCUGCCGCUAUCAGCUUCCGGUUUGUCGGUGGCCGUUAGCCGUGCCCGGCGGCCGGGAGGCGUAGCCAUGCGCAAAGCCGUGCCAGCCAAGGCGGGCGACAAGCAGCGGCAGAGCCAAAGUGGACCUCCAGGAGGAAAGGCAGUACAACUGAGGCAUUAUGGACCUUUAGGUAAAAAACGGGAUGAAGAUGCAUCCACUGAAGUUGGAGAAGGAGUGGAUGAGUGGUCAAUAGCAAAGACUGUGGUCAAACCUCCAGAUCAGCUGGAACUGACUGAAGCCGAAUUAAAAGAGGAAUUUACACGUGUUCUGACAGCUAAUAAUCCACAUGCCCCUCAGAAUAUCGUCAGAUACAACUUCAAAGAACGAGCUUACAAGCCAAUAAGCAAUGUAGAUCAAAUAGCCAUUCACUUCUCUUUGAAUGGAAAUAUGAUACUCAAAGAUUCAGAUGAAGGCAGGCGGCAGAGUCUGAGAUUAAGCAAUGCAUCAGAAGAAGCUCCUUCUGAGUCUUCUGCAGUAGUAUCUGAAGAGGCAGAGAUUAAAGAUGAAAAAAGCACAGAAGAUACUCAGGCUGCAGAAGAGGAAGAGGCAGAGGGGGCAGAGACAGCAGAAGCAGCUGAAGCACCAGAGGCAGAAGAGCCUCCUCCCCAGAGAGUAAAGGAGCAAAAGCUUGCAAACCAGUUCAACUUCAUUGAGAGAUCUUCAAGGACGCUUGACAACCCUUUGCGGGAAAGAGCAUGCCAAUCAGAGCCUACACCUUGUAAAAACUUUUCAGCCAAUGCUAACCAGUGGGAGAUCUAUGAUGCCUAUAUGGAGGAGCUUCAGAAAAUGGAAAAGUCGAAAGAGAAAGAAAAACCAAAAGCUCAGUUAAGAAAGAAAGAGGAGAAGAAGAGGGGAAGAAAGUUAACUUCACUGGAAUUACAGAGUGAUGAUAUAACCAAGAUCUCCAAUGCUGCAAAAAUAAUGGAGCGGAUGGUGAAUCAGAACAUAUUUGAUGACAUUGCACAAGAUUUUAAAUAUUUUGAGGAUGCCUCCGAUGAAUACAGGGACCAAAAGGGAACUCUCCUCCCACUCUGGAAGUUCCAGUAUGACAAAACCAAGAGACUUGCAGUUACUGCCAUCUCCUGGAAUCCAAAGUACAAGGACCUAUUUGCAGUGGGGUAUGGCUCUUAUGACUUCAUGAAGCAAAGCCAGGGCAUGCUCGUGCUCUACACUAUGAAGAACCCCUCCUUCCCAGAGUGUGUAUUCAGCAGUGAGAGUGGUAUCAUGUGCCUGGAUAUCCAUAAUGACCACCCCCACCUCAUGGCAGUGGGAUUCUAUGACGGCAACGUGGCCAUCUACAACCUUAAGAAGGCAACUUCCCAACCAAGCUACAAGAGCAGUGCUAAAUCUGGAAAGCAUACAGAUCCAGUGUGGCAGGUCAAGUGGCAGAAAGAUGACAUGGACAACAAUUUGAAUUUCUUCUCUGUCUCCUCAGAUGGGCGGAUUGUGUCAUGGACUUUAGUUAAGAAUGAGCUGGUUCAUACAGAUGUCAUCAAGCUGUCAGCAGAGGGAACAACGAUGCAGGGGCCAGAGGGUCUGCAGCUGCAAACACUUGGCUGUGGGACGUCAUUUGAUUUUCACAAAAAGAUAGACUAUUUGUUUCUUGUUGGUACUGAAGAGGGAAAGAUCUAUAAGUGUUCAAAAUGCUAUUCAAGCCAGUUUCUGGAUGUGUUUGAAGCCCAUCACAUGGCUGUGGAUUCAGUGAGCUGGAAUCCCUACCACCUGAAGGUCUUCAUUUCCUGCAGCUCUGACUGGACAGUCAAGAUCUGGGAUCACACCAUCAAGACUCCGAUGUUUAUUUAUGACCUGAAUGCUGCUGUAGGAGAUGUUGCCUGGUCCCCUUACUCUUCCACAGUCUUUGCAGCAGUCACCACUGAUGGCAAGGCCCAUGUCUUUGAUCUGAACAUUAAUAAGUAUGAAGCUCUCUGCAACCAGAUUGUGGUGGCCAAGAAGAAAAAUAAAAUAACCCAUAUUCAGUUUAACCCCGUGUACCCUGUUAUCAUCAUCGGAGAUGAGCGAGGCCAGGUUACCUGCCUGAAGCUCUCCCCCAAUCUGCGCAAGAUGCCCAAGAGUGCUUCAGAUUACCCCAAGCCUUCUGAGCAGGAUGUCUGGAAUGUCAGAUCCCUUCUUCUGUUUUUGUCAGAAUGCAGUGCUGCCUGUUCCACGUGCUGCGGACUGUUUGGCUGCCGCUGGGCUUCCAGGAUAGGGCUCACUGGGAGAGGCUGAGCUAACUUCAUCCCAGUGGGAUUUCAGCAGCUCUGAAUGUAUUCUGGUUUGCCUGUUAGUUAACAGUGUGAUGGGUUACUGGAAAUGGGGGGAGUCAGGACUCUUGGGUUCUCAUCAGGCUUUAGUUCACUCCUUUGUUCACAUCCUUGAGAUAUAAAGGGAGGUUCAAGAGCUCAAAAAAUAAUUUUCACGUUUGAUAUGCAGCUUAAUUAGCUCAUGUUUGUAAAACACUUCGGUAUCUUUAAGAAGUGUUAUUUAAUAGUCCAAGUUUUGCUAUCAGCAGCAAUAUCACAGCCCUGUUUAUGGGCACUUGGCAGAAAUAAGCCGACAGGGGAACUUUUUGAAAGUACUCAGGUAGCAUUUUUAGAAGCGACUUUCACCAAGACAGACAGUAACAGCUUCAAAAAUGCCUGCAACUCCCUCUGAGCUUUGGCCUCCUAAAUCCUUUAGUGGUGCACAGGAACGGUUGCCCUUGAUGUUGAGAGAAAGCCAGGGAGGGGGACUCUGCCAUCUACCAGGCUGUGUUGAGGGCACAUCUGUGCACACAUUGGGUACAGAGUCUUGUGCCAAGCAGAGCAAGUGUCCUACAUCCUCACUCCAGUAAUCUGAGGUCUGGAGCCCUCCCUGCAAGCUGAGGUCUCUGAGGCGGGGACUUCUCCAUGCCUCGAGGUAGCAAGCUGUAUUUUCAUGGGUUGUGAGCCUAGUAGAGGCUUUCUGUGCCUAUCACUCUUGUCCCUAGAUCAUUUGAGGUUCUGGGAACACACUAAGUGUCAGGGAACUGCUAAGUGUCAGCAGUGUCUCCAAGAGCCUGGAGAGCAUGGAAGUUGGGGAGGGAAAUGACUGAGCACAAACCUUGUGGGAAGAGCAACCACAAGGCAGAGAGAGGAGCUUGCAAUCAUCACUGCAGAAUUGAAGCUUGCAUUCAAACUGCCACCAGCAUGGCCCUGCACUGUGCGUGCUGAACACCCAUCUCCCCAAGCAUCCAUCCCUGCGUGGGCAGAAAGCUUGUGACAACAGAUAUUUUGCUGCCCAAGCAGAGAGUCUUGGUGAAACUGGUUUGGAUCCUUCUGCUGAGAGCUCAGAGGUGGGGCAGAAGUGCUUGCAGCAUUUUAAGAUGCAACACCAAGAACAAGUGGCUCUCUGCUGUCAUCCAGGCCACUUUCGGACUCCAAGUGCUCCUUAAAUAUUGCAACAGUCAUUAGGCAAGAGUUGUUUAACUAAUAAAAUAUUGUUCCUAAUUUAUAACGACCUUGGUGGUUGAGUUCACCCGAGGGAAGCGUUGCUGGCAGAGCUGUUUAAUUAGUAAGCCUUUCAGGUUUCAUUCCUGAAAAGAAAUUAAAGCAUUUUGUCAUCACAGUCAACAGAAUGUAGCUGCUUGUGGGCUUCGAUUUAUUUUUAAAAAACACUGCUCAAAUAGCCUAGUACAACCCAUCAAGGCCAAAGGCAAACCAGAGAGAAUAAAAAAAAUGUAAAGUGUUUUCAGAAAUAUUGAGAGAGCAGAGUGGGAGAAGACAAGAAAGCAAGUCAAAGAAAGGACAUAAAACAGUGUUUGCUUGGGCUAAAUGAAAUUCCUUGGACAGUGCCUAGGCUUACAGCCAGGGAGGCAUCCAGCCUCUUGGUCUGGUGCUUCUCUUGGAUAUUUAUGCUGGAUUAUCUAGGAUGGUUCUUUCAGCCUCUGUACUUGACGGGCACAUGCGCAAGUCCAAUGCUGGCUGCAAUGAUGCUGCUUCUGGUAGCUGCAGGGGGUGCUGCAGCAGUUGUUGGGACAAACCCAACCAGCACAGGGAGAGGAACCUGGACUCCUUCCCUCUGUCCCAGGAUAUGCAACCCAUCUGCUUGUGGGGCUAGUCUGUAUUUACAGAAGCCUUAGAUUAGAUGCACUCUCCAAGGUCACAUCAGUGGUGGACUAGCGAGUGGUUUAGCACUGGAGAAAGUACAUUUUUUCCCGAAGUUAUUAUUUCAGUAGCUCUGAAGUGUUAUCAUUCCAUUUAAGAGAAAACCACUCACCUUUCCUUUUCAAAUGUUUCAAGAGUUUCGUACUUCUAAUGGUGCUAUUCCCAGUCCUGCUGUUUUCAUGCAAAUGCUGCUCUGUCAUUGAGAUUCACACAGUCACUUCUGUGCAGCUUGAGCGAUGGCAGGAUUUCCUUGUGUCUCUUCAGGGCUGGCUAAUUGCGCAGUGACCCAAAAGCAUUGAGCGCAAGCAGAGCUGGAGGAAUUCAGCACUGAGCUCUGCUUCGCCUCGCCUGCAUCAGAGCUAUUGCCUCUGAAUGCAGCUUGGCCCCCUGAUAAGGAGGCACAUGCAAAUAAGCUUGAAUCGCAUAAAAACUGACCUGCGGCUUGAUAGCUUUUCUUCCUCUGAGGUUUGUCAAAGCUUUUUGAUUUCCUUUCAGUCCUUCCCCUGUUAUUUGUGCUGGUUGCAGAUAGCUGCUCUCUGUGCUGCUAGGGGAGCAGGUGAGCGCUGGGAGGUGGAUCCAGAGACUUGUGAAACCCUACAUCUGCCCUUUCACAGCCCUCUGUAUUGCAUGCAUAGUUCAUUUAAGGACAGAUGGUUUAGGCAGUGGUACACAACAUCUCAGCAAUGAGUGAGCACCAGUUUGCUUUAACUCUGGAGCUCACUGCCUUAAAGCCUUCAUUUUCUGGUGGCUCAAUCUCUCAGGGUGCUGCAUGGAUGCCCCAGGUCUCUGGUGCCCUUGAAACACUCAGGUGCCAUGACUGUGAGCUACGUGUGCGCUGUUCCUGUGUGUUGCUGCCCAGGAGAGAGUCAGGGCUCUCCCUUAAGUCAGUGUCUUGGAUUAGGAGAACUCUUGUUGACCAGCUACAAGCAGCACUUGCCCAUUGGGGUUUAUAUGUAUCUGGGUAGAGCAGUUUGCAGACCAGAUCUGGAGGGCAGCAGCAAGUGAUGUGCUUGCCCAGUGGCCUCACUGUGCACUUUCUGCACUCACCUGGGCUGGAAUAUGUCUCUGACACACAGAGGAGAGGUCCUGGCUCUUUCUCAGCAAUUUCCCUGCUGGGCUGUGAGAGCUCAGGCUGUCUCCUCUCCCAGAACUGACUCUGUAGAUCAAAUCCAAAUUACCUCAGCUAGAACAGCUAUAAACCCUGCAGACCUCAGGAGAACACUGUUGUGAGGUACCUUACUUGAAGUGGUUGUGCCUUCCCCUCUGCCUUGAUAGCCAGUGUCUGGCUUGUUAAAGCAGCAAGCAAUCCAUCUUGUGCGCAGUCUGCUAAGUCCUAGGUGUCUGUGCUUUCCUGCUUUUCACCCUCCCCUAGCAUCCUGUGCUGUAGCCUUCCAUCCAGGCUGGGCUCAUACAAACUGCUGCUGCAGAGAGGAAGGCAACAGCCUGAUCUUUGCAUGGGCGGUACUUCGGACACGGGCUCUGAGCAGCAAGAAAGGCUGAGGACAGCAUAUAGGGGAGAAGGAUGAGCGGGGAGGGUGGCUAUCCUCCAGCACUGAUUUUGGUGCCGGAAGGAAACCCAGCACUGGAGGCCCUUAUGAAUAGGCCAGAGGCACAUCUGUAGGGAUGGGUUGCUCUGAGCCUGCCUUGGGGCAGGACAGCUGAGACAGUCCCCAUAGUGCUGGCCCUAGCACACACUGAGGCCAGCAAGAGGCCAUGCCAUGUAUGCAGCUUGCCAGUGCGAGUGCAGCAUUGCUUAUGUCCUCUGGCCAUUCUGCUAUGCACAACUGUGACUCACAAUUGUAAAUUCACAUCUACCAAGAGGAAUAUUGACAUGAGCUGGCAAAAGUACACUCCCCUGCCCCUUUCUCACUGCUCCUUUCUCUGCACUUCCUGCACUGCAUGGGGAAAUGCAUCGGUAGGGAGAGCUCCACAGCCUCCCAGGAUCCUUCUCCACUGUCCACCACUGGAAUAGCUCCUGUUUUGGGAUUGCAAGCCCAAGAUAAUACCAUGGGGCUGUGCAGCUGUCGGGAGCUGUUUCAGCAGUUUCUCAUCCUUCUUGACCAGAAUUUGAAGCCUUUGGAUAUCUGUCUGGACAUCCUGGGCAUAUCCACUAUGCACAGGAGAGUAGCUGUGUGGCACAAAUCCAGAUGUCUGAUUGUGUCACACUACAGAUUUCUGGAUCCUGGGCAGAGAUGUGGCAACCUUAGACGGCAGCCCUGCAAGGACAGCUAACCCAAACAAGCCAUCAGGAGACCUAAAGGGCUUGACUCUUCUUUCAUUAAACCAGUUUUCUUUAUAAUCAGUGAAACAACUGCUGGCUUGCAUCGGAGUAUGUGAAAAGAGAAAAGAGCUCUGUGUAACUGUGGGAUUGGUGAAACCCAAGGUCAAAGAACUGAAGGUUUUCUUCUUUUUAUUGUUCCUGGCCACGUGGCUCCAAUCUUGUUUUUGUUGUGUAACGCCACUUUCAGUGACCUCUCUCUUUGGCAGUUGGUAGAGAGACGUCAUCGUAUUUACAGGUUAUUUUAAGCUAAAGUCAAUUCUCAGUGGUCUGGAUGAAGCGUGUUUAGUAUGUGAAAUGGUAACACUGUCAAUUGAAGCAAGAAAAGGUCCCAAUUUAGUAAAAUUCAAUAGUACUUAUAAAUUAUUUCUAAAUUGCAAGCCUUAUCCUAUGAGAUGCUGAGGUUGCUGUCUGGGGGAUACUGCACGUGGGCUGAGACUGGCUUUGACUUACCUGUUUCCUCUUUGAAGAUCUGCAUAACAAAAGGUUUGCCUGCAUUUGAAAGUGGUGCAAGGCUGCUCAUUGCAUUGCUGGGGAUUUGGAGAGACUCUGGGGAAGGAUUAGUUUUUGCGAUCAACAAUAAUCCAAUCACUGAGCUAAUGUCCCUUUCCUGAAAUAAAUCUGGUGUCUUUCCACUGAAUUUGCUAUUUUUUGGGUAGUCAGGAGUAACUGAAAUCUGAAUUGGGACAAGUGAAAUGGUUAUGGUGGUGCCUUUUUUUUGCUCCUUUCUUUGCAUUUCUCCAUGCUGGCGCGGUUUUGUUGCCAGAAGAACUGCUUUGUGUGAAGGCUUUGCAUCCACUUCCUCAUGGACAGAUGGUGUCUGUGCUUUGGCGUCCUCCUGGCAGCCUGGGCAUCGCUCCUCUGCUGUCAGAGGAACCCAUCACUUCCUGCCCUGGGAUUUACAUCCUCAGAAGGCUUUCAUUUUGAGAUUGCCUGAGUGUGCCUGUUCAGCUUCCACAGCUCCUUACAGCCCAAGUCUCUGCUUUCUCCCACACCUCACAGAGAGCUGUUUGGCGCAGAGAAGUGGGCACAGCUCAGUGCGAUGGCAAGAGAGGCACUUCCCAGCCCCUCAGGCUGCUUGUCUUGCUUCUCUUCCCUGUUUCUUUCUUUAGCUACCCUGUGUGUUCCUUUCUGUGCACAUGAUUUAAAUCCUUUCCAGAAAACUGGGAGAUCCUUAGAAGCCACCACUUCUUUAGGUGAAUGACAGCCCCAGCACAAAGGCAGAGUGAGCUCACGCCAGUCGAAGCCCCAUGGGAACAGGCUGCUCUCAAAGUAUGCCCUUGGCAGCACCAGUGAAGGAGGCUGUUUGGGAUGCUGCCUGCCUGCAGCCCCUUGGGCAGAGCCUUUCGAUGCUCAGCCACCAUGGAUCCACUUCCCUGCAGCCCCUCUUCUCCAUAUAUCCCUCCUGAGUGCUUUGGGGAUGCGUCUGACACACUCAUACCUCAGCAGAGGAGCUGAUGUUGGGGUGUGCUGAUGGAGAACCCUGUCUCACCAGUGUCCAGCACCUGCUGAGGCCUCCCAUCUCCCUCUGUUGUCCAUCACAGGAAGAAACAGGAAUGAAGGGACAGAACUCAGUUAGCAGUGAUGAUAAAUGGGACCUGGGUCUUCAUGGCCUGGCCCAGUUGUGUUUUUUUGCAUUGCUCCACUGACCUGAGCAAUGCCACAAGCAAGUGCAGAGCUCAUAGAAAGUGGGCUUUUAGUCCUCUUCAAGCUUUUUAUUGCUUGUGAUGAUGUGUGUCUUAUUCCUGCACAUUGUGCCUCCUUGGAGAGCCUUUGGCAUCAGCUGCAGCAACAAAGUCAGGAAAUUUGGCAUGGCCUGGAGUGGGAAGGAUUGUGGCUACAAGGGCCAGAGGAACAGCUUGAGAUUUGGCAUAUCACAGUAACUCCUCCCAGGCUGCUGCCAGAGCCUGACACAGCCUUCCCUAAGCAGCCAGCCUGGGCUGAAAAGCACUGAAGCUGCCAGGGGAGACGGAUAGGGCAAGUGUGCCUGAAAGGCUGUAAAACACAUCCCAAACAUAUGGCUACAAAAUGCCCCUUGCUUGCAGACUUUGCCUGCUUGACUCUGGAUGCGAGGAUUUAUAGAGUUCUGUGCCCCUGCUAAACCUCUGUGCCCCCGCGCUGUGCUAAUCAGCCUGUGCUGCUCCAAGCCCAUGCCAAGCACACUCAUGCCAUCCACCAGCCUCCUCUGAAAGAAAAGAAAAGGAGACACCUGCGCCAGCAGGCUGGCCAAAUAAUGGCCCUUGCUCAAAUUAAUUUGAUGGGCUCAAUGGGGAAUUGUUUAAAUGAGAGAAAGGAAGGAAUUGCAGAUGAAUAAAAUGUUUCGCUGUUCAUGGUGAUGGAGCUGACGCAAGAGGAUUAUUUUUAUCCCAUGGCAAAAAGGAAGAGAAGAGCCUUGCAAAGUCGAGGAGAAGAGGGGCUGCCUGACAGUGCUGCUGUCUGCAGGAGUGGCAAUCGCAGCAGCUAAAAAGCUUUCCCAGAGGGAAGCUGCUACCCAUAGAUUCACUGGCUAUUUCUGUGACGCGGGAUGUCUAAUGCUGACCAUGCAGGGCCAUCUUAGGGCAAAGUCCCCCUGCUGUCCCCUACUCCUGCAUCCUGAUGGGGAGAUGCCUCUGAUCCCACAGCUUCUGAUCUAGGGAAGCCUCAUCCCCAUCCUGCUCGGUGCAGACCUGUCUUACCUGUGGUGUUCCUCAUCCACUUGGGGUGAAAACCCUCUUUUGUUUUUACAUCCCAGACUGGGUUCCAUGAGCCAUGUCCUUGCUGCAUGGUUUAAAUUCCCGUUCUACCUUCCUGGACACCUGCAGCCUUCCCAUCUGCCCCAGUGUCCAAGCUUAGCAGGAGCGCUGGCCAGAUCCCAGUAGCUGUGGACCAUGUGUGUUACACACAACACAUCCCCCUGUGCUGGCAGCUCUGGGUACAGCAAUUUGGACAGGUUUUGCUAGCUUUAACCCAUCUUACUUAGAUCUUAUGCCUUACCUGAGGAUCAGAGUAUCAAAGUAGGCAUUGGCAUCUCCUGAAGUUGAGAUAAAUGUCAUCCGUGUCUUUCCUGUCCACAAGAUCUAUUAUCUUGUUGCAGAAUUAAAUCAGACUGGUUCAGUGUGACUUAUCUCCUUGCAGGUACUUAUAAACAGAUUGUUGGCUUGUUCCACACGUCUCCUGGAGAGCGAGGUUAAGCUGAUGGGUCUGAGAUUCUCCUUUUUUAGCAUAGUUACCACAUUUGCCAUUUUCAGCUUUUCAAUCUCUGUCAUCCUUUGAUAUUCAUCAAGACAAAUGCUUCGGAUUAAGCCUGCUAGGUCAAGCCAGUGUGUAGACAGCUGCCUCUCCAAUGGGCUGGGGCUGUUGUGUCCAGGAUGGUCUAACACUAUCAGUAAGCCAGUGCCUGUGGGCAGGCAAAGAUAACACCAUUUAUUAGACAAACAAAUAUACAUGGGAAGAAAAGGCAGGUGCACGUGCCGUACAGCUCAUACUUUAUUUUCUAGGUAUUAGUUGAGCUAAUAAAAGGCACUGCCCCUCUGCCAGCCUGUGCUGAGCGCUGGUAUUGCUGUGAUAUCUCAAGGAUCAGGGUCUGCAGGAAGGGGGAAAUCCCAGGAGCACAGAAGGAGCAUGGGUGUGAGCACUGCUUGGUCUUUGCUCUUUUACGUGCCUGCCUCCUCUGUCUUCCUGGUGAUAAUAUUUAGUUGAUGUCAAAAGUCAGGUACCAAAACCAAAAUGACCAGAAACUGAUUGUGUGACUGCAGUUGAGACUGGAGGAUAAGGUCUCCCACUCUGAUCUGCCUGGAAGGAACCUGCUAAGCCAGGGGAGGGAGCUCAAAGGCGCUCAUUUUAUCUGGCCUGGGCAAACCACAGGACAGCCAGUGGGAGUGCAGGAUGUUAAUAAUUUAGUUUCUUUCAUGUCAUUAAAAAAAAAGCGCCAGGGUUUGCUGCACGGUUAGUGUUUGUAAUAGAGCAGAGCCAGGGAGCAAAAGGCUCUUGGGUUUCAAUUACAACUGCUUGUUCAAGGAGAAAAGCUGUGCUAUGAAAGCACUGCAUCCCUGAUGCCUCCUGCAGCCCAGGGGCUGGGAAAUGAGGGAGAAGGGAAUUCAUGCUGGAAUUGGAGAGGCUGAGAGAGGCUGGAAGGUUGUAGAGGAAAGUGUGAACUCCCAACAUGAUGCUGAAAUACAGAGCUAGACACAGCCUGGCUGCCUCUUGGGGUAAUUCAGAGCAGGAGUGAAACCGCUGCCUGGGAGCAGCAGUAGUAAAUCUAUCGCUGGCUGCAGUGCGCAUCUCUGGGUUUGACACUUCAGUGGAGGUGAUGAAAAAUGCAAACUAAGUCUGGGAGGAACAACAAGGUUGAUCCGAGGUCUGGAAAACAUAAUUCCAUGGAGCUUUUCAGGGCCUUGCAAAUAAAUUAAGCAAUGACUUGAUCUCAGCCUAAAAGCAACUGCAAAUGGAAGGGAUUUGCAACAGUGGAAGGCUCUUUAAAUUAGCAGAAAAGAGAUAUAACAGGAUUUCGCAGCUGACUGCAGCUAAACAUUUUCAAACAAGGACAAGAGCCUACACAUUUAGAGCAGCACUAGCAUGUCUGCAUCCCUCAAACUCCUUCAGAUCAAAACACCCUGUUGUGUUAGCUCCAAGAGAAGUCAUUGCUGUGAUGACUAUUGCUAACUGACUAUUGCUGUGUGGAUUGUAAAGGUUCUAUAGCUUCUAUUAAAUCUGCUUCUGCCUUUGGUCUUCUUGAAGUGAUCUGGGAUUGAUGGAUAGCAUUACAAAGAAAGAUUCACAGCUUUUAUAAAGAGGAGUUCACAGCUUGAAACAGCCCAGGUAGCUUUAUAUGAAAAGAUUUACAGGCUCCUGGACUCUUCAUUUCUCUUGAUUCUGGUUUAUUUACUAGCUCAUGUGUUAGAAAAUCAAACUGUAAGCACUCAGAGAUAACAAGGUGUUACUGUUAACAGCGAGCACGGGCCUGUCAAGGACGAGACACAUUAAAUCAGUGUUAUCCCCUGUCUGCCACUGAAAUAAGCCAAGUGGGAAAAGAUAUACUUGCCCCACAUGUGUGGGGACCACAUAAUCUCCCAUCUUAAUUUAUUUCAGCUGGAGCUUUCCCAGUUGGCAGUAAGCACAGGGAAAUAGUCCUCACCUUCUGGUCCCUGGGGUGUCAGCUCUCGAAGACUCUAAACACAGUGUUCUCCUGGGUCCUCUGGCCAUGUGCUCUCCGUGGGCAUUCUCUACUACUUCCUGGUUGUCACUGGAAGACCUUUUUCCUUCCUCUCUUUAUUCCCCCCUAGCACCAUCCUUCAGACUGGUACAUCUGACUCCAGCCCUGGAAUACCCUGGGAAGAGAGAUCUGGGCAGCCUGUCCCCUGGUACAGUGCGCCAGCAUUCCCCAGGGAUGGGAAUUGCCCUCUGGAGGGCAGGAUCACUCUAGUCCUGACUAGGUUCAAAUCAGAGCCUUCCCUGUUUCAGUUUGUGCCUGCCGUGUCUCAUUUUCCUGCUGUGCACUCCUGUGAAGAUCCAUUCUGUCUCCCUGCUACCCUCUUCCUAGGUGCAGGCAGGCUCCUGUUAAGUUCCUAAAGCCCUCCCUGCUCUAGGCUAAACCAGCCCAGCUCCCACAGUGCCUCCUCAGGCACUCUAGCCCCAAGCCAUUUUGGUAGUCGCUACUGGGCUCAAUUUGGUUUACUGUCAUCUCGUUUUAGGUAAACUACCUUCUACUUCCCUUCCCUUAGGUGAAACUGGAACACUCCUAUCCAUUAACUGAAAAUUAAGAUUUUUGCAAUCUUUUUUUUUCA